UGCAACUGGCUCUUCUCUUGAGUAACAGCACAUCAACAGAGACAGGGGUCAGUGUGGAUCUACCUAAAGAGAGUUUCUCCAAUGCUUUAGCUAAGAACAUUGUUGCCGUUAUGGUGUGGCUGGCCCUCAGUGUCAUCAACAGCAGCAUGGUGUACACCUUUCUACAACACAGUGUCUUUUAUGAGAACUCCCGGUACAUCAUGUUCAUCUGCAUGGUGGUCAAUGAUGCUCUGCAGCUUACGCUGGUAACAACUCUCUAUGUGGUCAGCUAUGUCUUCAGGAAGAUCCAAGUCUCCAUCUGUUGUCUUCUGAUAAUGACGGCAGUCUUCACCACCCGCUCCACCCCUCUCAUCUUGGCCGGGAUGGCGGUAGAGCGCUUCAUCGCCAUCUGCUUGCCGCUACACUACAGCCACAUGUGCACAGUGCCCCGCACCAUCUUCCUCAUCGGUGUCAUCCUCAUCCUCACUGCCACCCCUCCGAUCACUGACCUCCUCAUCACCAUAAUCAAGGAGCCUCCAAAGUUCUUCCACAGGGCCAUAUUUUGUGACCACUCCUUUCUCUUCUCUGAUCCUUCCAUCUAUUACAAGAACUGUGUGUUUGAUGGGGUAUAUCUCUCCUUCGUGGCGCUCACGCUGCUCUACACCUACUGUAAGAUCAUGCUGACAGCGCAGGCUGCCUCCACCAGCCUGGCGUCAGUGAGGAGAGCCAGGAACACUGUGCUGCUUCAUGGAGUGCAGCUGCUGUUGUGCAUGUUGACCUUCAUGGUUCCCUCCCUCCAGGCUGCUCUCAUCUCCCUGUUCCCCCAGCUCAUCCUGGAGAUCCGCUACGUUUUUUUCUUGCUCGUCUACAUCAUCCCUCGCUUCAUGAGCCCAGUUAUCUAUGGGUUCCGGGACGAGCUUUUCAGGAAGUACUGGACCCAGUAUCUGUCCUGGCCCAGACAAAGGAUCAGUGGGGUCAGACCUGGAGCCUUAAAAGACACCUGCAUAUGAAAUGAAGUCCUGUAGGAGGCAUGAAGCCCACCAUUUAAUCAGUGAAUUAUGAUGUGACUUCAGGAUUUAAGACAAAUUUGUCUGUUUGUUUCAAAUUUCUGACUUUUAUGACUUUUUGAACUGCUGGUUGGACAUAAUCAAAAAUGUCAAUCAAAUUCUCAGAAUACAGACUUAAAAUCAGCAAAUUCAGAGAAUGAUUAAAAUGUACAAUUUGUGGCAUUAAUAUGACAUUCUAAAAAUCAAAGCUACUAUUCAUUACAAACAUGACCACUAGGGAAGCAGCAGGGAAUAAUUACAACGCCAAACUCUAAGGCAAUU